AUGCAGUCGACGGCGGUGCAGCCGCCGGUGCGGUGGCCGAGGUACAUCCAACUUGAUUGGCAUUUCAAUGAGAACAUGACGCUAGUGUGGUCCCCUUUCGGGGCCCAGUUGCAACUCCAUCCUCGUUCUGUAAGGUUUGCGAAGCAUGUGACGCAUGGGCCUAGACUGCAAAGGCAUCGAACUUGGACCUUUGCGAAAUCCGGGGGAAAGCACCAGGCGAUCCAGCUUGCAAAGAAGUUCGAUGGACUGCUCAAACAGCACCUGAAACGUUUUGAUUUCCUGUGUUACCAGCAAGACAAAGAGGAACGAGAUCUCUUUUUAAAGGAGCAUGGUGUGAAGAACAAACGAUCGAACAAGGUAAACAGGGAUGCAUUAGAAGAGGUGAUCUAUGAAGGCAAAUCACCAGUGGUGGAGCCGGAACUCACCAAGGGAAUUGAUGGUGCUGCAGCACAGCCUUCAAAGCCUACAGCACCCACACCGGCGAAGGCAUUGAUUGAGGAAACCAAGGGGCCUACGGCACCGAUUGAGGAAACCAAGGGAACUACGGCACCGACUGAGGAAACAAAGGAGCCUACGGCACUGAUUGGGGAAACCAAGCAGCGUAACGAGGAAGGAGUCUUCCCACAGUCGGAUGGUUCCUUUGUUUGUUACUUCGAUGUUGAUGGCAAAGAGAACCAGAUUUCCCAAAUCUUUCCGACUGAGAGGGGCUUGCGUGCAGCCUUGGGUGGUUUGAAAGCCGCGGUUGCAGCUGGCACUAGAGACAUGAAGUGCUACGACUCUGUGAAAGACAAGCACGAUCUUCCAGAGGCUCCAGCGUCGGUUGCAGCUUUUCGCUUUGAUGACGGCAUCAACAUCUGGGAAGGCAUCAUGGGCAAAGACUUGGAGGAUCAUCAGCCUAAACUGCCGGAGGCAAAGGUUCGCGUCCAUUGUGGGUGUUUCAAGGCCAUUGUCAACAGUGUCCAGGGAGCUGGUAGGCAGAGAUUUGCACUUUUCCUUGGAAAGUGGUGGAAGGGGAAGGGUGCCCAAGCCACUUGGAGGGCAAACUGCACCAUUGCAAGUGCAUCCUUGGAUAUGCUCUCAUCGGCUGCAGCCACCAAACUAGCCGAGAUUGAGGGUAGCAAGGUUUUGGGCGUGGCUGUGGUUGACUACGUUGAAGAGAGAGAGAGGGCAUCGGGAGACAAAAAGCCGCCAGAAACUGUCUGCCAAUGGCUGCAAAAGUUCGAUGAGAACCUGGUAGAGCAACACAUCAUCAUGCAGGCUGACAUACACCCGCAGUCGUCAAAACAUCAUCUGUGGGUUUUUGACCGUCAAGGGGAUAGCCAGUUCCAAAGGGUGAGCAUGCCAUUCUUGAGCAAGCGCCUCAAGGAGGAAAACCUUGAGUUUAUAGAUGCGGAUGCGAAGAAGACCACUAGCCUGACAGAGAUGGUCAACGAGGUUGUCUCUGAGAGUGUGCGAAACCGUGAGAAAGUUCACUACACCAUCAUUCAGCCUCCCAAGACAACGGACUCUUUCUGGCACGCCUUGUACUGGUCGCAGGAUGCUGAUCGAAUCAGACAAGUGAGGACAGCCUAUGGGUGGCCUGUGGAACUUGGCGUGAGGAAGCAAGAGCUGGAAAAUGUUCAAGCUCUUCGGCUGGAAUUCUUGGACCGGCUGGCUGCCUUCCGCACACAGAAUCAGAACCUGUGUGCAGACAUGCACGCAAAGCUCGUCUCCCUUGAGCAUGGAUUGAGGAACGGGCAGCAGAUGAAAGUUGAUGAUCUUUGGCUUGUGGGGCAUCUGCUCCAGAUGCGCAUCCGUUGCGCCAUGGGGCUGCUCAUGCACUGCGAAGUCAAGGCAGUUCCAAGUUCAAUGGGUGUUCAAAUCCAUCAGGAUGGAACUUAUGGCCCUGCUGAUCGGCCUGUCAAGCUCCGAGUGUAUCAUUCUGCGGCCUUCACUGACGAAGCCAAGCGAAUUGCCCAGUAUGACUUGCUGAUCCAAGAUGAUGCCGGGUGUACAUUGCUGGCGCCGGAGAUUGACAUUGAGCAUGAGACUGGUAGUGUCCAGUCCGGAGCUGUGAAAAGUAACGAGGAGAUCGCUUCUGAAUUCGGCAUCAAAAAGAUCUUGCUUAUUCAGGAAAAGUGGCUGGAUUUGAUACUACAUCAUGGAAAACGUGUUGAGCUGCGCUCGAGGGCUGCGAACUUCAGAGGCAAAAUUGGGUUGGGAUGGCGUGGCAAGCUUUGUGGGCAUGCGAACUUGGUGGAUUGUUUUGAUGUGGAUGAUGCUUGGAAACGGAAAUUUGUGGACUUGCACAUGGUCAAGGAUGAUCCAUCCCUCCUGAAGAAGUACAACUUUGGCUGGCUUUUGGACCAGGUGACUGAGAUUUCCCCAAGCAUAUCCUUUGAUCAACCAAAUGGAUGCGUAGUUUGGAUCAGCCUUGACAAGCCUGGCAGCAUGGACGACUCAGCAUCCAGUGCCGCAUCAUCUUCAUAUUCCUCCUUUCAACCUGCUGCUGAGCGUGGACCUGCACGAGAACCUGAACAAGAACCUGUUGUUCAUGUCCUACGAACUUCCAUGUUUGUGAUGGAGAAGAUGCUGAAUGGGCUUUCUGGCAUUGUGAUCCCUGAUGGAGAGCUCCCCAGCGACACCAAUGAAUUUCUGGUGGCGGCAAACCAGCCAGAUGUGGUUGGUGGAAAAGUGACACUGGGACCGGCAGUCCCUGCCAUAUCUAUGGGCGUACUGGAAGCCAAGUAUGCAUUUAGCGUGCCAAUUGGUGCCAACAGAAGCCCACACACCUAUCGUCCAUUUGUCAAAGUGGAGCCAUUCGUGAGGACUCUCGGUACUGGCAGGAGCACUGACAGAAAGACCAAGCCUCGGUCUCAGCACCAAUUUCAGAAGUAUGCGGCUUCGAGCUUGAGAAGGACCCCGUAUCCAGAUGCUUUUUUUCAAGGGGACUCUCUACCAGAACCAGACCUACUACAGGUAGCUCGCUCUUUCAUGCAAGCUUUGUCUGGGCCAUUUCAAGAUAGACUCAGAUUGGUGGCAUGUGCCUUGCAUGGGGCGAGGGUCCGUCUAGCCACCACCUGCUCUGGAGUGGACUCUAUGCCUAGCAUCCUCCAAAGUGUUUUCAGGCAGGGGUUACGAGAGCUGAAAACAUUCAACUUCUGUUGGCGUUUCUAA